AUGGCUCUUGACGACUUCCACGACACCCCAAGUGGCUCUUACGACUGGCACAAGCACCUCGCCGAUGCAUCACCCUAUGCCACAGGCACCUUCAAACGGGCACCCUCUGAAACAUCUAGCGACGAGGGUUAUCAAAGCGACCCCACACUGGCGAACGACGUCGACGACAAGAUCCAGGACUUUCUCCUGGAGCGUUCUCGGAGACGUGAACAGCUACGACUCCGCCACGAGGCCGACAGAAACGCUCUGGAGACACGACUUCAAGAAGAGCAAGAGGUGGAUGAGAUGAGGCUCAUGGAGGAGUUCUCCAGGUACCAGGAUUCGCUAGAAGAUGAGAGAGUUCGGCUCUUCCGCGUCCGCUUCGAAGAGGAUAAAAUGCUGUGGGAACAGGAACGACAGAGACAACGAGAUGAGUUUGAACAGGAGAAGGCUGACUGGAGAGCCAGGUACGGACAUACUAUCGACCUGGUGGAGGCACGAAAGCAGUGGGAAGCAGAACGCUCCGACGACUGGAAGAAACUCGAGACCGAACGCGCGAAAUGGCAAGCUGAAGUCAAGAAACAGACAGCUGCCAUCCGACAAGACUCCUUGAAGCUCGAGAAACUUCUCAGGAACAAGAAGAAAUUCCAGGACGAAAUCGACUCUCUCAAAGAACAGCUAGAGUCUGAACGCCAGCGAACCUUGCAUUCUGACGACGAACUUGGGCUACGGGACAGGCUACGAGACAGUAUCAUUGCCGAACUUCAGUACACCAUGGCUUUCAACGUCAACGAGCUCAUGGACCAGAUGUCAAUGCGCAACGAGCUGAUGGAAAACGAGAACGAGAAGGAAUGGCAAGACGCCGUCGAGCACAGCCCGAAGAUAGCCACAAUCAUCCCAUUUGACAACACUUCUGGGACCCAGAAGGGGAAGUCGUACGUCAUCGAGAACGCAGACGUCGCGGACCGCAUCAGGCUACGUAACCUCGUCGACCGUUCGCAGAUGUUCCUCGCGAACCAAGCUGGGCUGGAGACUAUUGGCGAAGAGACUGAGUCUAUGGCCUGGCGACGGUGUCUGAACGGCGUGCCUCCCGGCCCCCAGCGUCUCGCACACGCAAGGAAGCUCUUGGAACGUCGAUCGAAGAACGAUCGUGUUCGGCGGUUCCUGGAUAACACUAAAGCGCUGGAGGUGGUCUGCGAUUUCCCAUCGCGUCUUCGACAGGCUGGCAACGACACGCAUGGCUCUUUUCCCCGUUCGCAUUAUCUGGAAUCGGUGAAGAGCAGCUGGAGAUACGACGCCCGCGUCGAGACGAAGUCUCUGGAGGCUUUGGUCGACCUGAUUGCUCCGCCGUAG